GCACAUGAAUAACAAUAAAGCGCUGACGAGACCGUGGUAGCGCGUCAUUUGCGUCGCGGCCGGCUGACACCUGCGACCGCGUGCGUCGCUGCGAGUCGCGCUUCGGGAGCAACCUCGUGACCAGAUUCGAAUCGGUCUGUAUAUCGGCCCGCGUAUACGAUGUGAUCGGAACAGCGACCGCCGGAGAUCCGAACACCAUGGAGGGCAGAGCAGAAGAAGGUAACAUCGCCAGAAUGCCGAGCAGCGCGGGUGUCGCGGUUUUGAACGACGAUCUGGAGUUCUGGAUGACACGGUUUCCCGCUGCGCUCAAGAACAUACCCAUAAUAUACCUGGCGAUACCCGGUUCCCACGACACCAUGACUUAUACGAUCGAGAGGCGCAACGACGUGGGGCCGGACGAACCUACCGUCAUCCGAACGCUCGGUCGUUACUGCUCGUUCGUUGCCAAGCCUAUUAUCUUAAAUUGGUCUAUUACACAACGUGACGAUGUCAAGCAACAGCUCAAUGGCGGAAUCCGAUAUUUGGAUUUGCGCGUCGCGACGAAGCCGAGAACCAAAGAUAUAUACUUCCUGCAUGGCUUGUACGGCUCAGAGAUCAGCAAGCCACUGAUGGAGGUCGCCGACUGGCUCACCUCGCAUGCCAACGAGAUCGUUAUCCUGGAUUUUCAGCACUUCUACGCCUUCACCGACGAGGAUCACCAUCGUUUCAUAGAAAGGAUCAAUCAGAUCUUCCGCGGGAAACUAUGUCCGGUCUCGUCUAGGUUCGACCACAUCACGCUACAGUGGCUAAUUCUCAAGCGGUACCAAGUGUUCGUCAUUUAUAGAAAUGUUUACGCGCACAACUACACGGGUCUGUGGCCGUCUGGUCUCUGGCGCACCAUCUGGCCCAACACCGUCCGCGUAGACGAGCUGAUUGACUUCCUGAACGUUGAACUGCAAAACAGAUCGUUAGAUAUCGCCUUCGUGUCGCAAUGCCUCCUUACACCGGACACGCCCUACGUUUUAAAGCACCUGUGCGGCACCUUGCAAAGGGAUCUGGUGCCGCUCUGCCGGAAGGCGAUUCUCUCUUGGAUCAGUCAGAAACGACCAGGCCGCGGCGGGCUGAAUAUUGUCAUAGCGGACUUCGUAUCGGACAACAACUUUCUGUUUUCCAAAACGGUCAUUCAGAACAACACGAAGCUGCUGCACAAUCACCCGGAAGCGUUCUAGAUACGCUUCGUCGCGCUUCCGCUUAUUUAAGAGUACAAACGCAACAACAGCCUUGAACUUAGAGGUUUUCACCGGUGCAUCAUUCAAGAUAUCUCUAUGACAUGUUAAUUCCGUGCCGAUGAAUUAUCACACGAAGGAUCAAUUGCUCAGCACGCAACAAAUGCUUUUAGCGAUAUAAAUCAACACAAUAUUCCUUUGUUAUUCAUUCAAUGUGGAACAAGGAUAAAAAGAUAUUUCUGCCAAUUGUGCUAAAUGGAAAGCAUCCAAUAAAAUGGUGUCGAUAUUUUAAAAUUUAACAUGUAUUAUUAGUUAUUGAUGAAUGUAUAUUAUAUUAUUUAAAGUUUUCGGUCUAUCGUAGUCAAUUAUACAUGUCUGCAGUGUAAUGUCUUCAAUACUCGAUGACUCGAUUAAAAAUUAUUGUUUAGCACGUUGUUUGGAAACUAGACGUGUUUAUAAUUAUAAUUAUAUAUAGAGUGCAUAAAAAGUAUCCAGAUGGUAUCCAGAUAUCUCGAAAACUAUUUAGCAUUUUAGAAAAAAAAUGUUUUAGACAAAAGUUGUAAGUAAAGUUGUUUGACAAAAGUUGGUUUCAAGGGGGACAUAAAAAGACUACAUCAUUUUAUUUACAGAUGGCGCCACUUUCGAGAUAUCUACUGAUCAUUAUUCUUUUCAUAAAUGGACAAAACCUAAUUUUUUAUUAUAUC